AUGGAGAAGCACAUUGACCUGCAGGCCUUUGAUGAUGACGCCAUACGGGCGAGGCGCAAGAUAUCGAUCUCAGAGGCGAAGGGCCAGGACUUCGAUCGUGACCGUUAUGAGCUGGCACGAGUGGGAAAGCAGCAGGUGUUGAAGGUUUGUGCGGCGGUUUGGGUUGGUGAGCAUGACCGGUUUGUCGUGCGGUUUGAUGUGCACAUGGGAGACAUCUUCGCCAUUGGCUUCCAGAAUGGCGGGCCGGCUGGUCUCAUCUACGGCUUCACUAUCAUCUGGCUUGGCAACUUUUCUGUCUUCAUCUGCAUAGGAGAGCUUGCAAGUGCUGUUCCUACAGCUGGCGGACAGUAUCACUGGGUUUCACUGCUUGCUCCAAGGUCGAACAAGAGGUUCUUCAGCUACAUUACAGGCUGGCUCACUGUUAUCGGAUGGAUCGCAGCACUGACUUCGGUAUGCUACUUUGUCUCUGACCUCGUAUUGCAACUUGUCAGCCUCAACGAUCUCGAAGGAAACUUUGAACGGGCAGGUUGGCACGGAACGCUUCUCCUUUGGGCGGUGCUACUACUCUGCGUCUUCAUAAAUGUGUUCGCCAGCGGUGCACUUCCUACCAUGGAAGUUGUCGUACUGAUAGUCCACGUCUUGGGCUUCUUUGGUAUAUUGGUGCCGAUGGUUUAUCUCUCCGGAAAUUACAACUCCGCCAAGGUCAUAUUCACCACAUUCAACAACAGCGGAAAGUGGCCAACACAAGCUCUGGCCUUCUUCGUCGGCCUGCAAGGCAAUGCUCUCGCAUUCGUCGGAACUGACUCUGUUGUGCACAUGUCUGAGGAAGUCAAGAAUGCCAGUACUGAUGUACCGCGAUCGAUGUUGCUCAGUCUGGUCAUCAACGGAUCGUUGGCUUUUGGUAUGCUUUUUGCUGUCCUCUUCAGCGCCGAGAACAUCCAGGAAUUACUUGACGACACAAAUGCCACUACUGCCGCUUUCGUCCGCAUCUUCCGCGCAGCUGUGGGUUCUGACGCUGGUGCGACCAUUAUGAUCAGUAUCAUCAUCUUCCUCGAGUUUUGCAGUGCUAUGGGUUGCUUGGCUGCCGCUUCGCGUAUGACCUGGUCUUUUGCUCGUGACCAGGGUCUUCCCUUCUCGCGCGCUCUGAGCAUGAUCGAGAAACGCACGACCAUCCCCGUAGUCGCCAUCCUGGUCGUCACCGUCUGCUCAGCCCUCCUCGCUCUAAUCAACAUUGUUAACACCACCGCCUUCAACGGCACAAUCUCCAUGGUCCUCCAAGGCUUCUAUCUCUCUUACCUCCUUGCCAUCGGCCUCCUCCUCUGGCGCCGGCUCCGCGGCGACCUCGACAACCCCGACUCAUCCAUGACCAUUUUCCAACCCGGCCAAGUCGACGAAGCCUAUGAUCGUAGUCUGACUUGGGGUCCGUGGAAACUCAAAGGCGCACUUGGAAUUGCAAACAACAUUGUCGCGAUCUGCUAUCUCCUUCUCAUCAUCUUCUUCAGCUGCUGGCCCGCGACUAAUCACACGACUUUCGACCAGAUGAACUACGCUGUCAUCGUGACGGGAGCAGUGUUGAUUUUCAGCAUGGCGUACUACAUGAUGUUUGCGAAGAAGACGUACACGGGCCCUAUUGUCGAUGUCGACCCGCAUCUUCAGUGA